AUGCAGGGUGGAGCUUUGGCAGAAGGACUGGGCGGCACCAAGGUGACUAUCAACAGAGGCGGAAACCAUGGUUCCCCUCUGGGUUUCCAUGCUGGAUUGGAGUAUUUACCUCACCAUGUUAAGAAGAAAAUAAAGAGCAACUCGCGAACACGCAGAGAGACGUAUGAAGAUGAGAUCUUUAACAUCGAGGUUCUGUUGGGUGUGGACUGCUCUGUAGUGGUGUUUCAUGGCAGAGAGCACAUCCAGAAGUACCUCCUGACCCUCAUGAACAUUGUGAAUGAGAUUUAUCAGGACAGCUCCCUGGGUGCCCAUAUUAAUGUUGUCCUGGUUAGAAUCAUGAUGCUCUGCUCCUACAAGUCCAUGAGUUUGAUUGAGCUGGGCAAUGCUGCUCAGAGUCUGGAGAAUGUCUGUCGCUGGGCCUUCCUGCAGCAAAAAGAGGACAAGAAUGAUGCAGAAUACCACGAUCAUGCCAUUUUCCUCACCCGACAAGAGUUUGGGCCCACUGGCAUGCAAGGUUAUGCUCCUGUUACAGGAAUGUGUCACCCUGUGAGAAGUUGCACUCUGAACCAUGAGGAUGGCUUCUCGUCAGCUUUUGUUGUGGCCCAUGAGACAGGACAUGUACUGGGGAUGGAGCAUGAUGGCCAGGCGAAUGAAUGUGGGGAUGAGGUUCCAAUGGGCAGUAUAAUGGCUCCUCUGGUUCAAGCAGCCUUCCACCGCUUUCAUUGGUCCCGAUGCAGUCAACAGGAGCUCAGGCGAUACCUCAAUACAUAUGACUGUCUCCGUGACGACCCCUUUGAUCAUGAGUGGCCCACUCUACCCCAGUUGCCUGGUCUGCAUUACUCUAUGGAUGACCAGUGCCGCUUUGAUUUCGGCAUGGGCUACAUGAUGUGCACUGCGUACAGCACCUACGAUCCUUGCAAGCAGCUGUGGUGCAGCCACCCCGAGAACCCUUUCUUCUGCAAGACCAAGAAGGGCCCUCCUAUCGAUGGGACCAAGUGUGCAGCAGGAAAGCAAUGUUUUAAGGGUCACUGUAUCAAGCUUACGCCAGACAUUCUCAGGCAGGACGGCCACUGGGGUCAGUGGACCAAGUUUGGUUCCUGUUCUCGUACCUGUGGUGGUGGAGUACAGUUCCGCACUCGUGAGUGUAACAACCCAAGUCCAGCCAACGGGGGACGCACUUGUUAUGGAAACAACUAUGAGUUCCAGCUCUGCAACAUGGAAGAGUGUGCAAAGGCCCUAGCUGACUUUAGAGAGGAGCAGUGCGAGAUGUGGAACCCUCACUUUGAGCAUGAGGGCACCAAACACCAUUGGCUGCCCUACGAGCAUCCUGAACCUGAAGAAAGAUGUCAACUGUACUGCCAGUCUAAAGAGACAGGAGACGUGAUAUCCAUGAAAAGAAUGGUGCAUGAUGGCACACGUUGUUCCUACAAAGACCCUUACAGCGUGUGUGUGCGUGGGGAAUGUGAGAAAGUGGGCUGUGACAAUGUUAUAGCCUCGGAGCUAGAGGACGAUAAGUGUGGCGUGUGUGGAGGAGACAAUGCCACGUGCAAGAUUGUCAAAGGAAAUUUCACCCGCAGCACGAGGAAACCAGGUUUUCUGAAGAUCCUGGAGAUUCCUAGAGGAGCACGCCACAUACAGAUCCAUGAAUUCAAAGGAACUCCACAUGUUAUAG